UCGGCUCCCCGCCCUAACUAUGCGCCCAUGUCCGAAGCGGAGCGCAACAACGAAGGAGCUGUUUGGGUGACCCCUGCAGAAGUUCUUUUUGACGAAGAAGUGUUCAAAGGCAUCAAAAGCAUAAUCGGAGGACACUUUCUUGGCACUUGGGCCACGUACUCGGAUGUUGACCCCAAGGUUCGCGAACUAUGGUGGAACCUGUUCAAGGGUCGCUAUCGUUGGACUCACGCAAACGGUGCCGAUAUUCUCAAAGCCUACAAUGCUAGGAUUUCGUCCUGGCUUCGCGCCACUUUUAAACGUGCGCGAAAAAGUUCGAAAAAGCCUAAAUGGGUUUCGGAUGAAGUGUGGUCCAACCUUUGUCGCCACUGGUCUUCUGAUCCGAAAUUCUUGGCCAGAAGUGAAUCCGGUAAGAAAAACCGGAUGUCCGAGAAGGCCUUGGAGAUGCAGUGGCACGGGGGUCGCAAAUCUCAGAAUGCCCAUAAAGAAACUCUUG